CUCCUUCUCUUCUGUCUAUGUGUAACAGUUCCAUAAGUUGCGACAUACUUCUUAGAGCCUGAUAGAGUUAGGUUGUUAACGUGUAUUGUAUCUGAAGGAUAUUCAUGAUAACUAUAACAACCUCUAGAUUUUGUAGUUUAAUCUUUUAGUAUCAACAAGUUUCUUACACAAAAUGGCCCUACUUAAUUUUCUAACCAAGGCCCCUGGCCUUCUUUAUAUAUUUAUCUUUAUAAUUUUAUACCUGAACUGUCCUGUAACUAGCCAGUGGCUAACAAACUUCUAUAAUACUUCACGGCGCCACGAAAGAGGUAUAAAGGAGGGAGAAAUCCGUUUAGUAGGGGGAAGCACCCCCAAUCAAGGCAACGUUGAAAUUUACCACAUGGGCAAAUGGGGUUCUAUCUGUGACGACGAGUGGGAUCAGAGAGAGGGUGACAUUGUGUGUCGCUCUUUAGGAUAUCUCGGAGCAGAAAAAGUAACGGACAACGCGAUGUUUGGCCAAGGACGCUCUCUAAUAUGGAUAGACAAUCUGUAUUGUUCUGGGAAUGAAGAGCGUUUACAAGAUUGUGCCUUCGACGGCUGGGGUAUUCACGAUUGCCUUGAAAUAGAGGCGGCUGGUGUGAAGUGUCUUGAGAAUAACACGUCGCCAUCUACAUUACAAAGCCAGAACGACGAACCUAUUUCAAUUGAAAGUCUAAACGUUUGUAUAGUACCACAAAUUACAAGUUAAUUUUGUAAAGUGAAUAAUUUUAAUAUUAAGAUGCGUGUGAUAUUCCUCAUAAUGAUAUUUAUAAUAACUGAAAUCACACAGUUCUUUACUGGCUCAAUAAUUUUGAUCUUGGAGAAGCAACUAUUUUAAGCUGAGAACAGCAGAGAUGAACAAAAUAGACUUUUGAAUGCGAGAAAUUUAAUUAAUACAAUCAAAAAUAUUGUUGCAUUCUGUUUGUUUUGUUGUUGUUGUUUUCAGCAUUAAGGGAUCGGUUAACCUAAGAGACACAAUGAGAAUAACAAAAAGAACAAAACAUAUUUUGUUUUUCGGUCAGAUAGCAGGAAAUUGGCUAAGAUUGUUUUCUAACAACAAUUAACAUGUACUUCGCUUAAAUGUUUUCUAACAA